AUGAGCUCAGCGCAUUCAUCCUCCUCCGACAGCGAGUCUGAGGGCGAAACAGUGCAACAUCCCAAAGGCACCAUCGAAGUGGUCGAAGAAGAUGCACCGGCAAAGACCUUUGAAUCACUCGGUGUCUUGCCAGAACUAUGCGAAGCGACCGCAAAAGUCGGGUAUAAGCAGCCGACGCCCAUUCAAGCAGAGGCCAUCCCUCAUGCGCUUGCGGGAAAAGAUAUCAUUGGACUAGCGCAGACUGGAUCUGGUAAAACAGCGGCGUUUGCGAUUCCCAUCAUUCAAGCACUUUGGGAGAAACCAUCACCUUUAUUUGCCUGCGUCAUGGCGCCUACGAGAGAAUUAGCAUACCAAAUAUCGGAACAGUUUGAAGCGCUUGGUGGGAGUCUUGGACUCAAGUCGGUGGUGAUUGUGGGUGGUAUGGAUAUGGUGUCGCAGGCCGUUGCACUUGCCAAGAAGCCUCAUAUUCUGGUAUGCACGCCAGGUCGACUGCAAGAUCACUUGGAAAACACCAAAGGCUUUUCACUACGAACAAUGAAGUACCUUGUGCUGGAUGAAGCAGAUCGAUUGCUCGACAUGGAUUUCGGACCCAUCAUUGACAAGAUUCUCAAAAUCAUUCCACGGGAGCGACACACGUACCUCUUUUCAGCAACCAUGACGAGUAAAGUGGAGAAACUACAGCGCGCCUCGCUCAGCAAUCCUGUUCGUGUGGCAGUGUCAACAAAGUACUCUACAGUUGACACGUUGCUGCAAUCUUACCUCUUCAUUCCUUUCAAAUUCAAGGAUGCCUACCUCGUCUAUCUCGUCAAUGAGCUCGCUGGCCAAAGCACAAUCAUCUUUGCACGUACCUGCAACGAUACACAGCGUGUUGCCUUUUUGCUACGUCACUUGGGCUUCCCAGCAGUACCGCUACACGGUCAACUCUCACAAAGCGCACGUCUCGGUGCUCUCAACAAGUUCAAGUCAGGUGCACGCAGUAUCUUGAUUGCGACUGAUGUUGCUUCUCGCGGUCUCGAUAUCCCAUUGGUGGAUGCAGUGAUCAAUUUCGAUAUUCCAACAGACUCCAAGAGUUAUAUUCAUCGUGUUGGUAGAACGGCUCGUGCUGGACGAGCAGGGAAGAGUAUCUCGCUUGUGACGCAGUAUGAUCUUGAGCUAUACUUGCGCAUCGAAGCGGCAUUGGGUACGAAGAUGCCGUUGUAUGAUGCAGACAAGGAAGGUGUCAUGAUCUUGGCUGAGCGUGUUGCCGAUGCACAGCGAGCGAGUGUGUCUGAUAUGAAGGAAUUGCAAGCGCGAAAGGGAGGUAAGCGUGGGGAGGGGAUUGGUCGUGCUGGUGGUCGCGGUGGAUCUGCAAGUGGGAAGCGGAAACGCGAUGAUAUGGACAGAGCUGAAUGA